AGUGCCAGAUUUGGUUGUAGGAAAACACUUUUAUGGUUGGAAUAUGACAUGUAUGACUGUGAAAUGGAUCAACUUGGAUUUAAUGUGACCUGUAUUCUGAGAAAUAGGGAUGACGUCACUGAACUACAUUAUCGAAUUCUAAGAAAUCGGGCAGUCAAAUGAAUACGUCAGGUCAAUCACUAUGGUGAUUCAGGAUGAGCAUGUCACAAUAACCUCUCCGGCGAACGAAUGGGUCAGUAUGACCUGUAUUUGCUACUUUUGACAGGCCACGUGCUCAAAACUUCCGGUGUAAACAAAAAGGUUACGGCCUUGACCUUAAAAUAAUUAAUUUGAAUAAGCGUUAGAAAGAAGUACAUUUGACUGUGACUAAAGUUCAAUAUUUCUCGAUUAGUCGACUUUAUAUCAUACUAAAAAUCUACAGAUACCGCUUGUGAAUACACCAAGCAUGAGGAGGACUAAUCAAGGACGCAAUCAAAACUCUAAAAGUGAGGAUAUCAACGAUGAAGAUAUGAGAAAAUGUUCCAAUGAAAAAGAACGUGGUGGAAGUGUACAGAAUCAGUUUGGGGAGAUUCCCAAUCCAAUCCACCUUUUACAUGAAUCCAAUCCACUCGAUCCAAUCCACCUUUUAAUCUCUACCUUUGGGGAUGGAAAUCAGUUUGGAUUGUUAGUUUGGGACACAGAGCUAAGCAGAAAUUUCGCUGUUUGUGCGGAUUCUGGCUCUAAAUAUGGUUAUCUUAGACCAGUGAUGAAAUGCUUAGAGUAUAGUGGACAUGGAGUACCAUGGAUAGCUGGGACAAUAUUUGCAAUUUUAGCCACUCAUCAACUGAAGCUUCAUGUCACACUAAUUAACUUCCUUGCAGCCCUUUUUGUGGACCUCUUUAUAGUCGGUGUAUUGAAGGGCAUUGUUCGUCGACCCAGGCCGACAUACAACAAAAAAGAAGAUAUGAUGACAAUAGCAACAGAUGUAUUUUCCUUUCCAUCUGGGCAUGCAGUGAGGGCCGUGUUCGUGACUAUUUUCUUCAUUUCAUACCUUGGAUUGCCGUUUUAUUCAGCAAUGGUUUAUUUGGUAGCGAAAAGCUCUUCAAAACUCUUCAAAGAGAAGGAGUAAAAAGAAUGAACCUCUUU